AUGCUCCAGAUUGAAGUGGUCAUAGAAUACUUGGUAACACUUUUUCAGAAAUGUCUCGAUGGUGAAGAAAUACCUAAAGAAUGGAAAAUAGCUCACAUAAGUUCACUAUACAAGAAAGGUGACAAAAAGAAUUGUGAAAACUAUCGUGGGCUCAGUGUUACAGCUUCAACUGGUAGACUGUAUGGGCGAAAACUUAGAGAUAGGAUAGAACAAGAAAUAACUGAUAAAAAAGAGCAGAAUGGGUUCAGGCCAAGGUGGUCCUGUAUUGACAAUGUCUUCUGCCUAAAACAAAUGAUUGAGAAAACCUUAGCACAUAAUGCUGAAUUACAUAUAGCCUUCAUUGACCUGAAGAAAGCUUAUGACAGCAUAACUAUAAAAAGAUUAUGGGAAGCCUUGGAGAACAGUGAAAUAAAUAUCAAAUAUAUAAAUGCUGUGAAAAACAUGUAUGAAGGUGAAGAUGAUUUGGAGUACAUGCUAAGGAAACUUACAGAGGAGUAUGAAGGAUGGGGGCUUGAAGGGAACAUGGAGAAGACGCAAUAUUUGGUUAUCGGGAGAGAAGGAAGAGACCUGAACAUAAAUGGAAAUGUAAUAAAGAAUGUGGAAGAAUAUAACUAUUUAGGAUGUACCAUAACAAAUGAUGGAAGAGAUGAAAAAGAUAUCAUGAACAAAGUCACAAAGGGAAAAUCUAUAGUUAAGUCCCUGUCACGGCUGAGGGCAGGAUGGUCACGUGAUCCGCCUCGUUACCCUCUCGUCAGGAGCUCGUUACAGGGACAUUCUAGUCCUCCUCGGACGGCUUGUUAA